AUGAAAGGCUAUUUCGCUGGGAGUGCGAAGUCUUUCUAUGUCGAUCCAACCGAGUCAGUUGAAGUUGCAGUCUUAAGCAAUGUAACAAUAGUGUGCUUAUGCAUAAAAAGGGGGGCAAGCACAAGGGCUAGGUCAAGGAUAGGCCCGGGAUUACAGUCUGCUCGUGGUCAUGGAAAGCCCGUCUUUUUGGCUCUAGAAGCUCCUUCUGUAAGACCUUGGUCAAUCAGUUCUUUUUACUCAUAUUCAUGUGCUGCGGAUUCUCGAACAAGAACAGCAGAUUCAAUAGCAACGGAGUCGCGAAAAGAGCCAGUCUCUCUUUCUGGAAGCUAUCUUGUGAAAGAGUAG